UCCGGCGGGACACUUUUCCACGAAGUAGCCGCUCGUCGUUAUAAUCCUCCGCGCGGCUUUUCUCUUCAUAAACCGGUGGGUUUUUCCGUUGUUCCACCUUUGAACUGAUUAUCUCGGUGGGAUUAACAGCGGGGACAGAGGAGGGAUGGAGCGGUCCCGUUAAAGUUGAAAGCACAAGAGAGGCUGAGUCUGUGUGUCUUGUCUGUCGGCGGCAGGCACAGCGGCUCCUCCGGUCCUCCCACCGAGCUGAGCGAGCGGCUGUACCCGCGUCGGAGGCCAUGGGCUGCGGCUUGAGGAAACUGGAAGACCCGGAGGACAGCAGCCCCGGGAAAAUUUACUCCACCUUAAAGAGACCACAAGUGGAGACCAAAACGGAUACUGUGUUCGAGUAUGUGCUGCUGGACUUCAGCUUGGAAGGCAGCCGCCCGACCGUCCAGUACGUGGCCUCGCUGUCCGAGCUGCCGCAGGCCCUGCAGCCCUACUACACGCAGGGCUACGUCCUGUCCGCCCUGCACCCCAUCAUCCUGUCUGUGGGCCGGACGCGCUCGCUGCCUUUCAGCCUGCUGUACCGCGCCAUCCUGGCCCGUCCCAGACCCAGUAAGCAGACGGCGUCCAUGUGUCACAGCGUGCCAGUGCUGAGGGUGGAGGAGUGGCCUCUACCUGGAGACUCCCUGACAGGUGACACUGUCAGAGCGCUCAUCGACAGGGUGAACAGCAGCGCCCGAGGGGGCGUUCGAUUCGUCGGCUCCGUCCUCCAGCAGGUGAGCGGCAUCACAAACGGCAGGGUGCACAGUCCGAAGAGGGGCUGUCGCUCCCCUCCACGCACCCCUCCCCGAACCCCACCUGGAGACAGAGAGCUGGAGGAGAACACCUACAGUCCAGACCUGAGGCUGCUGGUCUUCUUCCACUCCUGGGCUCCGGGCUGUGCUCCUCUGGACUCGCUGGCCUGUCAGUACCACCAGGGGGCGCUCUCCAUGCGCGUCUCCAGGAAGGGUCAGGUGGUCAGCGCCCUGGAGGCCGACUGGCUGGAGCUGACGGCCGCCUACUACCGCAAGGGCUGGUCGCUGGUGGACUCCUUCGUCUACUGGGACACGCCUAAAGGUGAGCCGGUGCCCAGAUCACUGGAGGGGCUGUUUGUGUAUGAAGAGAGGAGCACCUCUCCUCCCGCCAACGACACCAUCGUGGUGGAGCAGUGGACAGUGAUCGAGGGCUCCAAUGUGAAAACUGACUACGGGCCCCUCCUUCACACUCUGGCUGAGUUCGGUUGGCUGCUCACAUGCGUGCUGCCCACGCCCAUCAUCCGACACGACAGUGACGGGAACCUGGCCACAAAGCAGGUGGUGUUUCUCCAGAGGCCGGUCAGAAGUCAAACAUCUGGACAACAGAGGAACCAGGCUCUGUCGGUGCACGGCGACGUGUCCAGCCGCUCCGUCAGCCGUGCUGUCAGCAGCCCCGUCCCUCCGGAGGAGCUCUCCCCCACCGCAGGAGGCAUCGGGGGGUUCCCCGUGUUCGGAGGGGGGUAUCCCAGCGCCCUGUCCCACCUGGAGGAAGGCGGCUUCGAGCAGGAGGAGGGGAAGGCUGAGGUCACCUGUAUGUGAGGGCGGGAGUUAAGUUCAGGAUUAAUUCGGUGUUGGGUUACCGGAGACGAAACCCGAGGAGAGAGACAUGAACUUUGAUCAUCACGUUCCUUUUUUAACAAAGACUUUAAUGUAGAAGAACUCGGCACUUUUAAAAAAAAAAUGUUUUUAACGAAGCCAUAAUGAGGUUUUAUCAGAAGUGGAAUGCGUCCACACUUUCAUCAAGAUUCGUUGGGGAGAGAAACUUCACACAUAUUUAAAUCCAUUCUCUGAUCAGUUCAGGUCGUCACGAGGGAAAUUAUCACAGUAUUAAAAAAAAUAAGCACAAACACUUUUCUGCACAAGAUGGAAACACCGGUGGUGAAAUGAGGGAAACAGGUUCUGUGUCUGGGUUUUUGCAUUCCUUCACAGCUUAACACUUUUCUCAUUUGAAAAACAUCCUCACAUCUCUCCUUGAGGCAUCUUUGUUUUUUUGACACUUGAAGAUGUUUUAACACCUUUUCAUCUCAGCUUCUCGUGUGUGUGAAGGUGACACAGGUCCGGCCCAGCUCCCUCUCUCUGCUCGUAGCCUGAGGCAGGAUGUGAAUAUUUAUCCGUGUUGCAGUUUCCUGUGCGCAGUGGUACUGACAGUUUGCAGGCCGACGUCUGACGGCCUCAGAGGAGGUGAAGGUUCAUUCAUACAGACGAUGAGAGCGGAGGGUUGUGCGGCUCUGUGUUAGUGACUUUUCGUGGCCGUAAACUGGAGAUGUCUCAUAUCAAUCGAAGGAGGCCUGACUGGUGCCGUUUCAUAAUCGUUCUGGAAAUGGUUACGACUCAUCACAUGUUUGAAAGUGUUAUUUAAUAUGUGGUCAGCAGUGGUGCUUCAUGUUUAACCUGUUAAUUGCUGCUUAUUGCUUUGCAGCGUGUAUGGUACUGGCUUCAGAAGGUCCCACAGAAAAGCUCGGGGAAGCGGCUGCACGCUUCGAAGGACAAGUCUGUUGAUAUUUGGCUCUGCACAAUAUGCAAACAAAAAAAAAAGAAAAUCAUAUUGUGAUUAUUUGGGAAGAUAUUUCAGUUGGAACGGUCGUGUUUGCAUUUUUCAUUUUCAUGAUGAUGUGAUUUUUAACAAACAUGUUCCUUUACGUCUGGAGGAUAUGAUGAUCUGUCGGCAGGGGGCGUCUCUGUAGCACCACAACACUUACGGUGCUAACAAUGCACAACAAUGGGACACAUUUUACCUUUUA